GUUCUAAACAAUGAGUCGAUCGUCCGUGGACGCUGCGGUUGGAGAAACGAUGGAGGCGGAAGCGACAGCGGUGGAGCUUCUAUCUCAGAUCAAUGAUAUUUUAAAGUAUGAGGAUCAAACCACAAGUGAAAUGAAAUUGGAAUUACCCGCCCAAGUCUUGGCUGAGCACACAGUGAACACUAGGAAGACUCAGAAGUUGAUGUACACCCAACUCCAAGUGCUUAAAUUCCUUCUGGAUUUUCUUGACUCUGCCCCUCGCAUCCAGGAUGCCUCUGACUCUACUGUUCGGAAAGAGAUGGAAGAAGCCAAAAAGCAAUGGAAGGCACUCAAAGCAGAUUACCAGCAGCAGGUAGAGGCUAUCAAGGGGGCUGUGCCUCAGAUACUGGCCAAACAGGAGGAGGUACAGAGCCGGGCUCGGCUUUUGGAGGAGGCUCUGCAGCGCUACCAAGCAAAGGUUCUAUUCUCACUUGCGAUCAUUUUUGCAAUUGAUUGGCAGCCGGAGAAGAGGCUGCUCCAUUACUUGAAGCCUUCAUCAACUUGCAGCCUCUACGUGGAAUCAGGAUACCCAGACAAUGGGCAGGUUCGUCUUCUUUCAAUAAAGACUCAACAAGGCACAGUUGAUGUGACUUCCUACAAGCCCCCACAGGAAAAACCUUCACUGAUAAAUUGGCUGGUGUACCUAAGUACCAUGGACUUCAAUACUCCCUUCCCGACCUAAAAAGCUACUACUGCCUGUGUCCAUAUAAUGUGAUGAAAUCAAGGCCACAUCUCUAGUUUAGGCCUCUUUCUGGUAUCUUUGGAAGAAGAAGGAAGUUGAAUUUAACUGGGACAGCUUGUGUGUGUGUGUGUGUGUGCGCGCGCGCGCGCGCGCGCAAAUGUAUGUUUGUAUGUUGUGUUUGGGGCCACUUCAGCCUCUACUUCCCUCCCCUUUGGCUUGCUUUGAAUUGAGCUUCCAGUUCUCCUCUUUGAGUUCUUCUACUUUCCUGUUACUCUUAUAUAGUUUUAUGGCUGUUUGAGUGUUACUCACUUAUUGCAUCUCCACAUUGUUGAACUUUUAAAAUGUUUUGAUCAAUAAAAUAUUCCUUGGAGGUUUCUAGCUCUCAUUUAUCUGAUGGACUUAAUUGUAAGACAAAGUUUGUUUCAUUAUCUUGUAAUUCCUCUCUCUUUUGUUUCAAACAGUUGCUGAUAAUAAAUAAUUUUUUUCCACCCAUGUUUAUGUGGAGCACAUUACAAGCUCGGGGAAUGUAAACUAACCAAAGUAAGAUUUUUAUGCAUAUCUGAUCCCUUAUGAUAUACAAAUUACUGCUGGAAUCUCCCUUGAAGAUGAUUCUACUGCAGUUCACAAGAGAAAAGCCAAAAAGCACAGUUU